AUGGUUACAGAAAUCAUUACUCGAUUGUUACUUUAUAAUGAUCAAUUGAAUUCUACCAAGCCGCAUAUUCCAGACGAUGAUUCUAGAUAUAAACCACCAUCAACUAGAGUUGCCAGUUAUCAGAUCUUUAUAGCGACUCUGUUAGGGAUAAUUGCCUUCGUAUCAUUUUCAUUCUUAAGGCGGAAAUAUCCCAAGAUCUAUGUCGCCAAUUUAAACAAUUCAAACUUUAAUUAUUUACAUUCAACUUCAAGGAAGAAUUUACCUUCCAUACCAUCGAAUUCAUUAUUUAAUUGGAUUCCAAUCGUGUUCAAUAUCAGCGAGCAACAGAUCUUAGAUCAUGCUGGAUUGGAUGCGGUUGUUUUUCUUGGAUUCUUUAAAAUGGGUAUAAGGGCUUUAGCAACUUGUGUGUUUUUAGCCAUGACUGUCAUAUCACCUAUACGGUAUAUAUAUACGGGGAAACUAGAUCAAGAUUAUCCAGAUGAUGAUGAUGACGAUGACAAUGGCGAUCUAUCAUCUGCAAAAUAUAUUGGUAACUUGAUGAUACGGCAUCUCUUCAAUAUAUCAGAUUCAAAAACUGAUGAUGAUAAUUUUCAACAUUUUUUAUGGAUUUAUACCGUAUUUACUUAUGUCUUCACCUUUAUCAUAACAUACUUUUUAUUCAAUCAAACCAUUAAAAUUAUUAACAUGAGACAAAAUCACUUAGGUAAACAAAACUCCAUCACUGAUAAAACGAUUAAAAUAUCAGGGAUUCCACCUAUUUUAAGAGAUGAAAUUGAUUUAAAAAGACAUAUUGAAAACCUCAGUAUCGGAGAAGUACACUCGAUAGUAAUUGUUAAGGAAUGGGGAUCAUUGAAUGAUUUAUUCAAAUUACGAAAGAAAAUAUUAAGUAAAUUGGAGGUUUAUUGGGUUGAAUAUUUUAAACUAAAUGGAAUAAAUAACAAAAGUGACUUAUUAUCUUCUAAUUUACAUCCUCAAUUAGGAGACCUGAUAAAUCUAAAUCAAACCAGUUCAGACUCAGACACAAACGAAUCGUACAUACCGUAUCGUGAUGAUGUUGAUGAGCAGGACUCAACAAGAUUAUCACCGCAAGCAUCAAGACACGAAUCCAUAAUUGAUCAAAUUGAAGAUUUAGUUAGCCAGUAUGGCAGCUUGAAUGCAGCCGACGAUUCAAUUGGUCAAAUGCCACUAUUAGAUGACGAACUAGCUUCUAAAAGGAGACCCAGAUGUAAAAAUGGAUGGUUGGGAGUUUUUGGAUCAGAAGUUGAUGCUAUUAAUUAUUGGUCAGAGCAACUUGAAAUUGUCGAUAAGGAGAUAUUAAGAGCAAGAACAAGAGAAUUUCCUUCCACUUCAACCGCCUUCGUGACCAUGACUUCUGUCGCCCAAGCUCAAAUGCUAGCUCAAGCUGUAUUGGAUCCAAAAAUAAAUCAUCUUAUAACCGAGCUUGCUCCGGCUCCUCAUGAUAUCAUUUGGGAUAAUUUAUGUUUAACAAGACAGGAAAGAACCACAAGGCAAUAUAUCGUUACCAUUUUUAUCGGGAUUUGUACAGUCUUAUUGGUUUAUCCAGUUCGAUAUUUGGCUAACUUUUUAAAUAUCAAGAGUAUUUCGAAGGUUAUGCCUGUCUUUGGGGAAUUUUUAAAGAAGAAUCAUACCCUUGAAACGAUUGUAACAGGAUUAUUGCCAACUUAUAUUUUCACUAUUUUUAAUAUAAUAAUCCCUUACAUCUAUAUUUGGGCUUCUGAAAAUCAAGGUUUCACGUCCCACGGUGAUGAAGAGUUAUCAUCAGUUUCGAAGAAUUUCUUCUAUAUUUUCGUUAACUUAUUUUUAAUUUUUACUGUGUUUGGUACGGCAUCGUUAAGUGAUACUCUUAAAAUAGCAUAUCAAUUAGCUCAAUCAUUAAGAGAUCUCUCUUUAUUUUAUGUUGAUUUGAUAAUCUUACAAGGGUUGGCUAUAUUCCCGUUCAAGCUUUUGUUAUUAGGGAAUUUGUUUCGAUUUUCACUUGAAUCAUUCUUUUGGUGUAAGACUCCAAGAGAUUAUUUAAAAUUAUACAAGCCUCCAAUUUUCAAUUUUGGAUUACAAUUACCUCAACCAAUUUUAAUAUUAAUCAUAACUAUAGUCUAUUCAAUAAUGUCUACAAAAAUCUUAACUGCUGGAUUGAUUUAUUUCAUUUUGGGUUACUUCGUAUGUAAAUAUCAACUUCUUUAUUCAUGUGUUCAUCCUCCUCAUUCGACAGGAAAGGUAUGGCCCCUAGUAUUUAGAAGAAUCAUGCUUGGUUUAUUGAUUUUUCAAUUAACCAUGGUUGGAACUUUACUUUUACAACUGGCCUUUUUAUGUGCUUCAUUUUUAGCACCAUUACCUAUCAUUACCUUAUUUGGUAUCUGGACAUUUCAAAAGAAUUAUAUUCCAUUAUCAUUCUUUAUUGCUUUGAGAGCAAUCGAUAACAAUCAUUUAGGUACCAGAGAUGAAGAAGAUAUAAUAGCAAGCACUCAAAGCCCCAGUUCAGUUGGCAGUAUGGAAGAUUUAACUACCACAAAGACUCUUGAUGAAAGACGUGAGUUCCAAUCUACUUAUGAAUAUCCAUUCUUGGUCGAUCCAUUAGAUGGUCCAAUUAUAGCCAUAGAUAGAAAUGAAGUGUUGAUAGUUGAUAAAGAUGGUAGUUUGGUAAGGAAACCUCAAGUUAUAGAUGAAUGGGAUUAA